UCAACACUGAAGGGGAGGAGCCAGUACACCUGUGCAAGACUGAAGGGGAGGAGCCGGUACACCCGUGCAAGACUGAAGGGGAGGAGCCGGUACACCUGUGCAAGACUGAAGGGAAGGAGCCGGUACACCUGUGCAAGACUGAAGGGGAGGAGCCGGGUACACCUGUGCAAGACUGAAGGGGAGGAGCCGGUACACCCGUGCAAGACUGAAGGGGAGGAGCCGGUACACUGUGCAAGACUGAAGGGGAGGAGCCAGUACACCUGUGCAAGACUGAAAGGGAGGAGCCAGUACACCUGUUCAAGACUGAAGGGGAGGAGCCGGUACACCUGUGCAAGA